ACCCUGUUGCUGCGGCUGUCUCUGUCUGUCUGCCAGGGUCUCCGGCCGCCCCAGACGGGUGGUGUGGGCUUGGGAUCUUCCUGGUGACCUCUCCAGCCUAGGUCCCCUCAGCCACUCUGCCCCAAGAUGGGUCGUGGGGAUGGCCGGGAGUACUCCCCUGCCGCCACCACUGCAGAGAAUGGGGGCGGCAAGAAGAAACAGAAAGAAAAGGAGUUGGAUGAACUGAAGAAGGAGGUGGCCAUGGAUGAUCACAAGCUAUCCUUAGAUGAGCUGGGCCGUAAAUACCAAGUGGACUUGUCCAAGGGCCUCACCAACCAGCGGGCUCAAGACAUUCUGGCUCGGGACGGGCCCAAUGCCCUCACUCCUCCCCCCACAACCCCUGAGUGGGUCAAGUUCUGUCGCCAGCUUUUCGGGGGCUUCUCCAUCCUGCUAUGGAUCGGGGCCAUCCUUUGCUUCCUGGCCUAUGGCAUCCAGGCUGCCAUGGAGGAUGAACCGUCCAAUGACAACCUGUAUCUGGGUGUGGUGUUGGCAGCUGUGGUCAUCGUCACUGGAUGCUUCUCCUAUUACCAGGAGGCCAAAAGCUCCAAGAUCAUGGAUUCCUUCAAGAACAUGGUGCCUCAGCAAGCCCUCGUGAUCCGGGAGGGAGAGAAGAUGCAGAUCAACGCGGAGGAGGUGGUGGUGGGUGACCUGGUGGAAGUAAAGGGUGGAGACCGUGUUCCUGCUGACCUCCGGAUCAUCUCUUCUCAUGGUUGUAAGGUGGAUAACUCGUCCCUAACAGGCGAGUCAGAGCCCCAGACCCGUUCCCCCGAGUUUACCCACGAGAACCCCUUGGAGACCCGCAAUAUCUGUUUCUUCUCUACCAACUGCGUGGAAGGCACUGCCAGGGGUGUGGUGAUCGCCACAGGUGACCGGACAGUCAUGGGCCGCAUUGCCACUCUGGCCUCAGGCCUCGAGGUUGGGCGCACACCGAUAGCCAUGGAGAUUGAACACUUCAUCCAGCUCAUCACAGGGGUGGCUGUGUUCCUGGGGGUCUCCUUCUUCGUGUUGUCCCUCAUCCUGGGCUACAGCUGGCUGGAGGCAGUCAUCUUCCUCAUUGGCAUCAUCGUGGCAAAUGUGCCCGAGGGGCUUCUGGCCACUGUGACUGUGUGCUUGACCCUGACAGCCAAGCGCAUGGCACGGAAGAACUGCCUGGUGAAGAACCUGGAGGCGGUAGAGACGCUGGGCUCCACGUCCACCAUCUGCUCGGACAAGACGGGCACCCUCACCCAGAACCGCAUGACCGUCGCUCACAUGUGGUUUGACAACCAGAUCCAUGAGGCUGACACCACUGAGGAUCAGUCUGGGGCCACUUUUGACAAACGAUCCCCGACGUGGACAGCCCUCUCUAGGAUUGCUGGUCUCUGUAACCGCGCUGUGUUCAAGGCUGGACAGGAGAACAUCUCUGUGUCCAAGCGGGACACAGCUGGUGAUGCUUCUGAGUCAGCUCUGCUCAAGUGCAUUGAGCUGUCUUGUGGCUCAGUGAGGAAGAUGAGGGACAGGAACCCCAAGGUGGCAGAGAUUCCUUUCAACUCUACCAACAAGUACCAGCUGUCCAUCCACGAGCGAGAAGACAGCCCCCAGAGCCAUGUGCUGGUAAUGAAGGGGGCCCCAGAGCGCAUCCUGGACCGGUGCUCCACCAUCCUGGUGCAGGGCAAGGAGAUCCCUCUCGACAAGGAGAUGCAAGACGCCUUUCAAAAUGCCUACAUGGAGCUGGGAGGACUGGGGGAGCGUGUGCUGGGUUUCUGUCAUCUGAAUCUGCCUUCUGGAAAGUUUCCUCGGGGCUUCAAAUUCGACACAGAUGAACUGAACUUUCCCACGGAGAAGCUCUGCUUUGUGGGGCUCAUGUCCAUGAUCGAUCCCCCGCGGGCAGCUGUGCCAGAUGCUGUGGGCAAGUGCCGAAGUGCAGGCAUUAAGGUGAUUAUGGUAACUGGUGAUCACCCUAUCACAGCCAAGGCCAUUGCCAAAGGUGUGGGCAUCAUAUCAGAGGGUAAUGAGACGGUGGAGGACAUUGCAGCCCGGCUCAACAUCCCCGUGAGUCAAGUCAACCCCAGAGAAGCCAAAGCAUGUGUGGUCCACGGCUCGGACCUCAAGGACAUGACGUCGGAGCAGCUGGAUGAGAUCCUCAGAGACCACACGGAGAUCGUGUUUGCCAGGACCUCUCCCCAGCAGAAGCUCAUCAUCGUGGAGGGGUGUCAGAGGCAGGGAGCCAUUGUGGCGGUGACAGGCGACGGGGUGAACGACUCCCCUGCGCUGAAGAAGGCGGACAUUGGCAUCGCCAUGGGCAUCUCUGGCUCUGACGUCUCUAAGCAGGCGGCCGACAUGAUCCUGCUGGACGACAACUUUGCCUCCAUCGUCACAGGCGUGGAGGAGGGCCGCCUGAUUUUUGACAACCUGAAGAAAUCCAUCGCGUACACCCUGACCAGCAACAUCCCUGAGAUCACCCCCUUCCUGCUGUUCAUCAUUGCCAACAUCCCCCUCCCUCUGGGCACCGUGACCAUCCUCUGCAUUGACCUGGGCACAGAUAUGGUCCCUGCCAUCUCCUUGGCUUAUGAAGCUGCUGAGAGUGACAUCAUGAAGCGGCAGCCACGGAACCCGCAGACAGACAAGCUGGUGAACGAGCGGCUUAUCAGCAUGGCGUAUGGACAGAUUGGGAUGAUCCAGGCCCUGGGUGGUUUUUUCACCUACUUCGUGAUCCUGGCAGAGAACGGAUUCCUGCCAUCGAGGCUGCUGGGGAUCCGCCUGGACUGGGAUGACCGAACCAUGAACGACCUGGAGGACAGCUAUGGCCAGGAAUGGACCUAUGAGCAGCGGAAGGUGGUGGAGUUCACGUGCCACACGGCCUUCUUUGCCAGCAUCGUGGUUGUGCAGUGGGCUGACCUCAUCAUCUGCAAGACCCGCCGCAACUCCGUCUUCCAGCAGGGCAUGAAGAACAAAAUCCUGAUUUUUGGGCUCCUGGAGGAGACUGCACUAGCUGCCUUUCUGUCUUACUGCCCGGGAAUGGGGGUUGCUCUCCGCAUGUACCCGCUCAAGGUCACUUGGUGGUUCUGUGCCUUCCCCUACAGUCUCCUCAUCUUCAUCUACGAUGAGGUCCGAAAGCUCAUCCUGCGGAGAUAUCCUGGGGGCUGGGUGGAGAAGGAGACGUACUACUAAGCCCACUGGAAGAAGAACCAGGCCCAGGAGAGAUGGGGUGCUUCGGAGGUGUUGCAGAGAUGGUGAUGGGGACGGAUG